AUGUAUAAUGCCACAACUGGGGAGUGGAACGAUUUAUCAUGCUUCCAAAAAUUGGGUGGCGUCGUUUGUAAAAGAAAUUGUACAGGAACAUGUGGAAGUACAUCUAUCAAGAAUGCUUUAAUUACUAGCCCUUCUGACAUAACGGACACAAGUUGUACAUCGGGCAAUUGGACUAAAAGAACAGGAGAGGAUGGAAACACGUAUGGGUAUCAAGUUGUAAUGAAGGAUUGGCUUAAUUUUUAUGAGGCAAAUGCACAAUGUCUUGCGCUCGGAGCUGAAGUCGUAUCUGUUCAUAGCUCAGCUGAAAACGAAUUUAUUCGACAAUUAGCCGGCCCAUAUAUAACUGCUUGUCAAACAAACACAUCGGUGUGUGCCAGUAGAGUUUCUACUACUCAAGACAUUCAGUGGCGUUCACUCUGGUUAGGCUUGCACCGUUGUGCAUUUUAUCCUACAUACAAUGCUACGGUUGAUUGCAUUAAUUCGGAUGGAACAAGUUGUGAUUAUCUUAACAUCACUGGAGGUCCAUCAGGAACUGAAACGGGAACAGCAUCUGGUCAACAAGAAGCAUGCGCUGCCAUGUACAGCGCAACAACUGGACAGUGGAAUGACAUAGCAUGCUUUAACAAAUUAGGCGGUGUAAUUUGUAAAAAGAACUGUUCGAACGCAUGUGGAGUUGCAUCAACAACUACCACACAAUUGACUACAACUACCACACAGCCAACUACAACUACAACCCAACCUUCCACUACAUCUACUGCUGAACCAACUACAACAACAACCUUACCAACUACUACAACUACUUUACCAACAACGACAACAACUCUGCCUACUACCACAACAACCGAACCAUCUACUACAACAACCUUACCCACAACCACAACACCCUUACCCACAACCACAACAACCUUACCCACAACCACAACAACCUUGCCAACCACCACAACAACCUUACCCACAACCACAACAACCUUGCCCACAACCACAACAUCCUUGCCAACCACCACAACUACCUUACCCACAACCUCAACAACCUUGCCAACCACCACAACAACCUUACCCACAACCACAACAACCGUGCCAACCACCACAACAACCUUACCUACAACCACAACUACUUUGCCAACUACCACAACAACCUUACCUACAACCACAACAGCCUUACCCACAACCACAACACCGCCAAUAAAUUGCGCUAAUUGUACAGCUGGUCAAUCGAAAGUAAUAUACGAAAAAAAUACAUUGUUGAGUAAUCAAACUAUUAACAAUUUGGCAGCAACCGAGUGCAUCUACAAUUGCAAGGACAAAGACGUUUCCCAGGCUUGUUACAAUCCAAGUACUAUAAGCGUUGUUAGAAUUCGUUGUACCGAUUCAACAAAAUUCUGUGUUUGCACAUCAGACAAUAAAGGUUGCUUUACAGUAACUCAAAGUGCACCUCUCUACCAGGCCGAUUAUUUAAUUUAUGCUAAUGCGAGCUAUACAUUUUUGGCUCUCAAUACAGGAGCAAGUCAAAUAAAAAAUAGCGGUACUGGUAAAACAUACGACUUUCAAACAAGCAUGACUUUCAUACCUAAUGACAACACAUUUUUGAACGCUCAGUAUCUCGCAAUUUCUUGUAAUGGUUGCAACCUUAUACACAAUAAUGGCAUGGAUGUUCAAAAGCCUUGUUAA